UACGUGACAGACCAGCGCGCCAAAUUAAUGUAGCUAACACAGAGAGAGCAGAAAUAGGAUUAAUCUGACUUGUACACUGAGACCAAUAGAUUAAAAUACAACGCAAAUCUUUUAAACACUCAAUAGUAGACAUUUCACUGGUCAGAAUCCGUGUCCAGUUUAAUCAGAGUGCUGUCAGGAUGGGUUUGCUCGAGCGGUGCCAGGAGCUCUUCAAGACCUCCAACUUAUAUGAGGUGCUGGGAAUAAACAAAGAGGCGAACGAGACAGAGGUCCGGAGGAGCUACUACAAAGUGUCGAUGAAAGUACAUCCAGACCGGGCCCCUGAAGACCCGCAGGCAACAGAGAAGUUUCAGGUGUUGGGAAAACUGUAUGCAGUGCUGAGCGAUAAGGAGCAGAGAGCCAUUUAUGAUGAGCAGGGAGUGGUGGAUGAAGAGUCUGAUGUCCUUAGUCAAGACCGCUGCUGGGAGGAAUACUGGAGACUGCUCUUUCCUAAGAUCACAAAGGAGGACAUUCUGGCUUUUGAGAAGAAAUACAAGGGCUCUGAUGAAGAGCGGGAAGAUGUGAUCCGGAUUUAUGUGCAGCAUAAAGGAGAUAUGGAUGCAAUCGCAUGCUCGGUGAUGUGCUUCUCCCAGGAAGAUGAGCCCAGGGUGUGCAGCAUUAUCCAUGCCGCCAUAGAGAGUGGAGAAGUUGAAGCAUUCCCAGCAUUUACUAAGGAGUGUGACAAAAAGAAGAGGGCCCGGAGGAAAAGGGCUGACAGAGAGCGAGAAGAAGCAGAAGAAAUGCAAAAAGAGAUGGGGCUUGAUGAUCAGGAUGAUAGUCUAGUCAUGAUGCUGAAGCAACGACAGCAGUCCAGAGAGAAGAAUUUCAACAGUUUCCUUACAGACCUGGAGGCAAAAUACUCCAAAAAAAGUGCCAAACCCCAAAAAGGAAAGAAAGGAAAGAAGUAAAUGUCAGAAAACGGCUUGUCAGUCAAGUUCAAACAACAUCCCAAAUGUCUACCUUUAAAAAGGUCAUUUUAAACCUUAGAAGGUUUUUAGUCUUGACACAAAAAUGUAAAUGCUUUUUGACCUUGUUUGCUGUUCAAGUUUUCAUAUGUUAAUAAAUUUGCAUGUAAAUAGCA